AUGACCAGCUGGAAAUGGAGGGCCGCAGCUUCGCGGAUGGCGCUUUUUUUCCGUCCAUCGCCGUUGCGCCAAGGCCAUCUUGCAUCGUUGCGAGCUGCGUCCACAACGUGGCAGCGGCAGGAGGUGCAAUCGGUUUUAAGCCAAGUCGCGGAGACGGGCAGUCUAGAGGAGGAGCUCUUCUGGCGGCUGAUGCCUGACGUCAGGAAAAAGGGCCUUCUGCAGGCCAAGGAGCAAACGGAGGCUACGGAGGCUACGGAGGUGCAAGCGGCGGAAGAUGCGCUGAGCGAAGAGGAGCCGGAGGCCGGGACGGGACUGCCCAGCACUGCGGAGUCGGAGGCAGAGGUGCAAGCGGCGGUUCCUGCUGCCGAGACCCUCCUCCUGGCCACGGCCGAGCUGUGCCGUGGCUUCAACUUGCGAGACCUUCCAGCUCUCGCGAAGCUUGGCGAUCGGCUGACGGCUCUUCAGGUGUCCGGAAGCGAUCUGCUCCGAGCUGGUAUGGCUUUCUCGGAUCUGGGCGUGCUGCACCCGCCCAUCGUUCAGAGCCUUGCCAAGGCUUUGCUCAGCGCCUGGCCGGAUCCCUUCUCCGCCUCCGAUGCUACGCAGCUGGCCCGAGUAUUCGCUGUGCAAAGGUUCCGCCAGGAGGAGAUCUUCGCUCGAAUCGCCGUCUGCCUCCGUGGAGGUGUGGACACCUUGUCGCCGGAGGAGGCUCUCGGCCUGCUCUACUCCCAUGCAUUUCUACGCCUUUGCCCCUCCGAACACAGCGAGAUGAGCGAGGAGCUCUGGGGCGCGCUCGAGCUGCAAGCCCUGUCCUCCGAUUCCCCGCGCCCGGAGCUCCUGCUCUCGCUCUGUGAGAUCCUCUUCCUCGCUCGACGAGACGACAACGAGGCCAACCUGGCAAAGGUCUUGGGACUGCUAGAAAGAGCUUCCGCCCAACUCCUGCAGCGCUCCCCAUGGAGACCUUCGCUUCGGCGGCGUGUGCUACUCCUCCGGAGUGCCCUGAGGUACUUACACCGCGAGGCCUACACCCAGCUGCCCAAAGCCGCGCAGCUGAUGUUCCGAAAAGCGCAUCGCAUGGAGCCUGAAGCGCCAGCCAAGCAUGUGGUCCUCUUUGUCCGAAAGCUCAGCGAAGCUUUGACAAAGCUGAAGAUUGGCCACGUGGCCCAGGCGGUUCGAGGUCCUUUCACCUUCGACAUCGUGGAGCGCGAUCGCAAGAUCAUCUACGAGUGCAAUCAUUUCGAUCGAUUCUACAUGGCCUCGACGGAGAAGAUUGCAUCCAGGUGCUUGCAGGAGCGCGUUGCGAAAGCCAUGGGCUACCGAGUGAUUCAGGUGCCGCACUGGCACUGGAACAAGAUCAAGCACCGACGUCAGCGAAUCGAGUACAUCCGCAUGUCCAGGUACUACGCUCUGAAGGACCUCCGGGAACUGGCUCCCCGCGAUGCCCCCGUGCGUGACCUGGCCGAGAACGAGCUGGACUACUUGGGCGAGUACUUCUUUAAGAAGGACAGGCCAUCGUCACCUUGGUCCUGGUUUCAGCCACGUUACGAUGCCAGCAAGCGCAUACCGGCCACGCCUGGAACGCUCUAG